CUGGCCACACUGCCACAACAUUACGCAAAGGUCUUACUUUGUUUAUUAGGAAACAUGUCGCUUCUUAAUGCUUUGGCCAGAUUAAGUCUCCAAAACUGCGGAGUCGCCGCCCGUAUGCUCCACACAACGCCGAUUCUGUGCGCCGAACCACUGAAGAAGAAGAAGAAGCUGGAUCCACAGAUUAUCAAACAGCGCGAGGACCGCAAGAAAAAGAAGAUUGAGAAACAGAUCCGACGGUUGGAGAAAAAUGCCCGACAACUGAAGCCAGUGGAAGAGUUGGAAGUUCCUAUAGAACUACUUGACGAAAAAGACAAACGACAACGGAAACUCCCUCCCUUGAGCAGUGCCGAGCAAGAGCAGCGUGCAUUGCUGAAGAAACAAUGGGCCCGCUACAAACAUGAUGAGAAAGUGUCUGAUUUUCAAAUAAUCGAUCGCCUAGUGCAAGCCCAAGAAAAGGCACUGCAAGAGCUACGCAAGGAGUCGGAGGAACUGUAUCGGGCAGCCAUCGAAGUGGACCUUCAGCUUGUACCCGUUACCAUUAAGGGUCCAGUGGCCACACCUCCCAUUAAGAACUAUGCUAGCCCAGAUGGUGACUACAUACAGCAGUCCUCAAAGUGGGAGUAGGUCUCUCCAAGGCCAGCUAAGGUCAUAAUUUGUUAUGUUGUUUACAGUGAACGAAAUAGAAAAUUAAUUAAUUGCACGAAUCAGCAAUCGCAAACGCUUAUAAAGCAA